AUGAUCGCAGAAAACAUCACCACCAACGAGGAAACUGACCUUCUCAUCGUCGGCGCUGGCCCUGCUGGGGCCUCAUUAGCAUGUUUCCUUGCAGAAUAUGGCCUCAAGGGCAUUCUGAUAGCUGCAGCACCUGGUACAGCGGACACACCACGAGCUCACAUCACUAACAUGGCAGCUCUUGAGUGCCUACGCGAUAUUGGUCUCGAGGAGGAAUGUCUUGCCAAGUCUACAUCCUCACAGAACAUGGAACACACUCGCUGGUGCCACAGCAUGGCGGGUGAAGAGUACGCUCGUAUACAUAGCUGGGGCCACGAUCCGCAUCGCCACGGUGAUUAUGCCGACGCCAGUCCUUGCACUCACGUCGACCUCCCACAAACACUCGCUGAGCCAAUCUUCGUCAAUCGGGCGAAAGAUAGAGGUUGGGAUGUCCGUUUCAACACCGCACUGGUGUCCUUCGACGACCGAGGUGUAGGCAAAGGAAUUCUCAGCACAAUCAAGGACACCAAGUCAGGCCACGAGUACACUAUUCUUUCUCGAUUUCUGUUCGGAGCCGAUGGUGCUCGCAGCCAAGUCGUACGGCAACUCGACUUUCCACUAAUAAAGAAGCCUGGCAGCGGUUUAGCAUUAAAUGUUCUGGUCGAAACUGAUCUUUCUCACCUCGUUGAGACUCGAAAUGGCAAUCUCCAUUGGGUAAUUCAACCAGAUCGACCACACCCGAGAUGGGCUCGAAUGGGUCUCGUCCGAAUGGUCAAGCCCUGGCACGAGUGGAUGUUCAUCGUCUUUCCGGUUCCAGGCUGGGAUAUUACUCGAGACGGAGAGCCAACAGAAGAAGAAUACAUGAGUCGAGUCCGUGAAUUCAUAGGCGACGACAAAAUACCCGCCAAACUAAUCAACGUGUCCAAAUGGGCAAUCAACGAGAUCGUGGCCGAGAAUUACUCUAGCGAGAACGGAAACAUCCACUGCCUCGGUGAUGCCGUCCAUCGCCACCCACCCUUUAACGGCUUAGGUUCCAAUACCUGCGUACAAGACGCCUACAACCUAGCUUGGAAAAUCGCAUAUGUAAUGCGAGGCCAGGCCAGCCAAAAGAUGCUGACCUCCUAUAGCAUCGAGCGUCAGCCAGUCGGUCUAGGCGUCAUCACCCGUGCCAACCAGGGCUUUCGAGACCACUAUGCGUGCUGGGAAGCCUUAGGAGUGAACGAAGAGACCCUGGAAUCUUCGACCCGUGCAUUCAAUGAGCUCAAAGCAGCGACACCUGCUGGUGCAAAACGACGGAAAGCUUUGCGCGAGGCAAUUUCGGGCACAGCGCACGAGUUCCACGCUGUCGGCCAGGAAAUGAAUCAGCGUUACGAUGGCUCGCCAGCAAUCUACUUUGAGGAUGAGACGCAGCCUCGGCCGCCUCUACCAGGGGACGCUGUUUUAGAACACCAGAUCAGCACAUAUCCUGGCGCUCGACUGCCACACGCAUGGGUCAACACGUACGUCCCGAAUCAGCCACAAAUCAGCACCCAUGAUCUGGCUGGUCACGGGCAUUUUACGAUCUUUAGUGGUCCAGGAGACGAGGGCGCAGGCCAAGGGAGAGGAAAAUGGCAUAAAGCUGCGGAAAAUGUGAGUAAGAAAUUGGAUAUCGAGAUUAAGUGCGUUAGCAUAGGGUAUGGUUGUGAGUGGCAGGACGUAUAUUUUGACUGGGAAGAGAGGAGAGAAGUUGGGGAUGAUGGUUGCGUCCUCGUUAGACCAGAUCGAUUUGUGGCAUGGCGUAGUCAUGGCAUGGCCGAGAAUCCCAGCGCGAAAGUCGAGAGUGUACUGAAGAGUAUCUUGUGCCUAGACGCAUGA